CCUAUUUAAAAUGAUUCUGGGAUCCCUAGAAAAUGGCAGCAGCCUGUCCUCUACCUUCCUGCUGAGUGGCAUCCCUGGCCUUAAGCACUUGCACAUCUGGAUCUCCCUCCCACUGUGUUUCAUGUACCUGGUUUCCAUCCUGGGCAACUGCACAAUUCUUUUUAUCAUUAAAACAGAGACCUCACUCCAUGAGCCUAUGUACCUCUUCUUGUCCAUGCUGGCUCUGACUGACCUGGGGCUGUCCCUUUGCACACUCCCUACAGUGCUGGGCAUCUUCUGGGUGGGGGCACGGGAUAUUGGUCAUGAUGCUUGUUUUGCCCAGCUCUUUUUCAUUCACUGCUUGUCCUUCCUGGAGUCCUCUGUGUUACUAUCUAUGGCCUUUGACCGCUUUGUGGCCAUUUGCCAUCCCUUGCAUUAUGCUUCCAUUCUUACCAACACAGUCAUUGGCAGAAUUGGUAUGGCUUCUCUGGGCCGAAGUGUAGCAUUUAUUUUCCCAUUGCCGUUUAUGCUCAAAAGCUUCCCAUAUUGUGGUUCACCAGUCCUCUCACAUUCCUACUGUCUCCACCAAGAAGUGAUGAAACUGGCCUGUGCAGACAUCAAGGCCAACAGCAUCUAUGGUAUGUUUGUCAUUGUUUCCACAGUGGGUAUAGACUCACUGCUCAUCCUCUUGUCCUAUGCCCUGAUCCUGCACACUGUGCUGUCCAUCGCCUCAAGGGCUGAGAGACUCAAAGCUCUUAACACAUGUGUUUCCCAUAUUUGUGCUGUGCUCCUCUUCUACACUCCCAUGAUUGGCUUGUCCAUCAUCCACCGCUUUGGGAAGCAGGCACCCCAUCUGGUGCAGGUGAUCAUGGGUUUCGUGUAUCUUCUGUUCCCUCCUGUGAUGAACCCCAUUGUCUAUAGUGUGAAAACCAAACAGAUCCGAGAUCGGGUGACACAUGCCUUUUGUUACUAACUAUGUCAAGUCUUAGAGGCAUUUUCUCCUUCGAUGU